AAAAAAAAAUGAAAAGAAGCCGAAUUCGAUCAGAUGAACCGCCGCUGCGAAGAAGCAUUCCUCCCGUAGCCGUAGCCGUCGAUGGCCAAUCAUCAGCUGUACGGGACGGCACCGCCUCCCGGGGCGGCGGCCAAAUUCAAUCUGGCAGGCCUCUCCACCUCACCCUCGACAAACCUUCUUCUCCGCAAGCGCAUGGAAAUGGGUUCGGACCCCGACGCGUCCUUCCUUGCAUCAUCCGCAUUUGGAGGACGCUCUCGGUCCCAGAGCAGUGCCGAUGCCCUCCCUUAUUCUCCCGCGGACGUCGUCGGUUACUCUUCCUACGCCGGCGGCUUGGGUGCACGCUCCUCCUGGUCUCACUCUCACCUUCACCUUCACCCCGAUGAUGUGAGCCCGCUCCUUUCCGGCACCAAGCGCCCCUCUCAAGCGCUCUACCAUCAGAAUGUUUUGGAUGCCCAAAGAGAGAUUGGGCAAAGUGAAGCGUGGUAUUCCACCAACUUGUUAUCCAAGCGCCCUAGAUUGGAGAGUGCAAGCAAUUUGCCUAUUUAUCCACAGAGGCCAGGAGAGAAGGAUUGUGCUCAUUAUAUGCUUACCAGAACUUGUAAAUUUGGACUUAACUGCAAGUUUGACCAUCCUAUUUGGGUUCCUGAGGGUGGAAUCCCAGAUUGGAAAGAGGCACCACUUGUGACAACAGUUGAAUCCCUUCCACAGAGAGCAGGAGAGCCAGAUUGUCCUUUCUUCCUCAAAACCCAAACAUGUAAAUUUGGUUUGAGGUGCAAGUUUAAUCAUCCACGAGAUAAAAUUAUUCCUUCGGGUACUUUAGAUGAUACUUUGAACUUACCAGAAAGACUGACUGAGCCUCCAUGUGCGUUUUACCUGAAGACUGGGAACUGUAAGUUUGGAGCAACCUGCAAAUUUCACCACCCAAAGGAUAUUAAGGUGGCACAGGUACUACAAGAUACCGAUGCUGGAGAGUUGAGGGACUCAUUAGCAGAGAAUGACAGAAUGGUCAGAGAAGUGAAGCUUGUCAAGCCUCUCAUCUCUCUUUCUCCUGCUUCAUCACAUAAUACUAAGGGACUUCCUAUAAGACCGGGUGAAGUGGACUGUCCUUUCUACCUUAAAACUGGCAGCUGCAAAUAUGGUGCCACUUGCCGCUACAACCAUCCUGAGAGAAAUGCUAUUGAUCUCCAUGUUGGCAUUGUUCCAAUUGUUGGGGCUUCACCAGCCAGAAACCCAAAUUUUGCUGCUGGCUCAGCAGCCUCUAUCUAUCAAGCUGUCGAUCCCAUAUUGUCACAAUUGAUGCUGGGAGCUGGUCCAACUAUAUAUCCUCAGCGUCCUGGGCAGAUUGAAUGUGAUUAUUAUAUGAAGACGGGUGUAUGUAAGUUUGGAGAACGAUGCAAAUUCCAUCACCCUAUUGAUCGGUCAGCUCCUACACAGGCAAUGGCAAAUCAAAGUCAACAGACUGUUGAGCUUACACUCGCAGGAUUACCCAGAAGAAAGGAUGCUAUUGUGUGCCCAUAUUAUCUGAAGACUGGGACAUGCAAGUAUGGAGCUACUUGUAAGUUUGACCAUCCACCUCCUGGUGAGCUCAUAGCUAUGGCGGCAACACAAGGACAAUCUGCUUCCGAGGGAGAGGAAGCAAAAGAGAAGUGAAAUCUGGUGCAGAGCAACUGCUGAUGUGAUGAGGUCCCAUCCCACUCAUGGAUAUCAUCAGAGGGACCAGAUACGUGCUGUUGUGCAUCUCCCUUUAACUUUCAUGAGCUUUCUAGAGCAAGGCUAAUUUGUGUAUCAAAUGUGUAUGGUUUAGCAGUAAACAUGCAAAUUGCUCCUUAUUGGUUUCUCAUAGGUUGAGCUCUUUUACAACAAAUUAUCAGAAUUUUUAUCAUCUAUAGACAGCUGGAGAUUUCAAGUGAAAGAUGAUCUCGGCUUUUUGGUGAAAGGCUAGCGAUCUUGUACUCUCUAUUUUGACAAGGAAUACCUUCCCGUGUUGACCAUCGUAUCAGGUAUGUUAUAUUACUUGCUGUUGAUGUCA